GCUGGACCACUAAACUCUUGAGAGAGAGAGAGAGUUCCUGCUGAAGUUGAUCUCAUGCUGCCCUUGCUGAUGUACAGACCAAUCCAAUUAGGUUUCACCUCUAGGCUGUGAUGCAGCUCGUGCUUCAGAGGAACCAUUCCGUCCACACGCGCACACACAUACAUACAGUACAGACACACACGCGCGCUCAGUGUCACUCUGCAGCUCCACGCACAGUGCGCGCGCGCCCUCCGCUUUUACGCGUCCGACAUCUGCAGAAAUCCCAACUCACCGUAUCAAGCCAUCGAUGGAGGCAGCGCUCUUAGCGAGAAAAGGGGAGCUCUUUUAGACACAGAGAUUUCCCGGUGUUCUGUGCGAUCUCUUCACCCUUCUCGUGUUGAGCAAAAUGUGGGACACAUGUCCGGUCACAACUGAAGCCUCCGCUGAGAGCUAGGAAUCUUAAAGGAAACCCGCAGGCGUCUUUUCUCCCGUUUGCGCACACAGCGGUUUGUAUAUGCAAACGGUGGUUUACUUCAGGAAGCCAUGGAGGGACCCGUCUAAGGAGGACCCAACAUAGUCAUCUUUUUCCAGUUAUUUUCUGGUUGAUUUUCAUCUUUAAACCUCUUCCUGGCAAGAGCCGUCCAUCUCCUUGCACACAAUGGCAGAGAAGACCGGACUUGGGGUUCCAAAACCUGGAGGCAGAUCUGAGACUUCAAUUCCACCUGAGCCUAUUGAGAUCAUCCGGACCAAGGCCCGGUCUAGAAGGGUCCGUCUCAACGUCGGGGGCCUCAACCAUGAGGUCUUAUGGCGCACCUUGGACCGGCUUCCCAGAACAAGAUUAGGCAAACUCAGAGACUGUAACACCCACGAGUCUUUAAUUGAGGUUUGCGAUGACUACUGCCUGAAUGAGAAUGAGUACUUCUUUGACAGACACCCUGGAGCGUUCACGUCCAUCUUGAAUUUUUACAGAACUGGAAAGCUUCACAUGAUGGAGGAAAUGUGCGCUUUGUCUUUUGGGCAAGAGCUUGAUUACUGGGGCGUCGAUGAAAUCUACCUGGAAUCGUGCUGCCAGGCUCGCUACCAUCAGAAGAAAGAGCAGAUGAACGAGGAGCUGAGGAGAGAGGCAGAGACUCUUAGAGAGAGGGAAGGAGAGGGGGAAUUUGAUAACACCUGCUGCCCAGACAAGAGGAAGAAACUUUGGGAUCUUUUGGAGAAGCCAGGUUCCUCAGUUGCUGCUAAGAUAUUGGCCAUCAUAUCCAUUCUGUUCAUCAUUCUUUCAACUAUAGCACUUUCCCUGAACACCUUGCCCGAACUUCAAGUGAUAGACGAAUUUGGCCAAGCCAAUGACAAUCCUCAACUCGCUCACGUUGAAGCCGUGUGUAUUGCAUGGUUUACAAUGGAGUAUCUCCUGCGCUUCCUGUCAUCACCAAACAAGUGGAAAUUCUUCAAAGGGCCACUAAAUGUCAUUGACUUAUUAGCUAUAUUACCCUACUAUGUCACUAUUUUUCUGACUGAGUCAAACAAAAGUGUGCUGCAGUUCCAGAACGUGAGGAGGGUGGUGCAGAUAUUCCGCAUCAUGAGAAUAUUGAGGAUUCUGAAGUUGGCAAGACAUUCAACAGGACUGCAGUCUCUUGGAUUCACCCUCAGGCGCAGCUAUAAUGAGCUCGGCUUACUCAUAUUGUUCUUAGCCAUGGGAAUCAUGAUAUUCUCAAGUUUGGUAUUCUUUGCAGAGAAGGAUGAGGAUGCAACCAAAUUUACCAGCAUCCCAGCUUCGUUUUGGUGGGCUACAAUCACCAUGACUACAGUGGGCUAUGGAGAUAUUUAUCCACAGACUCUGCUUGGCAAAAUAGUGGGGGGACUUUGCUGCAUUGCUGGUGUUCUGGUCAUUGCCUUACCCAUCCCUAUUAUUGUGAAUAACUUCUCUGAGUUCUACAAGGAGCAGAAACGACAGGAAAAAGCCAUCAAGAGAAGAGAAGCCUUAGAACGAGCCAAGAGAAACGGCAGCAUUGUCUCAAUGAACCUGAAAGAUGCCAUAGCACGAAGUAUGGAGCUACUGGAUGUCGCUGUGGACAAAAAUGAUGAUAAAGAGCCAAUGGACAACCACCUUUCUCCGAGCCACUGGGGUGUUCCACAGCGCACAUCCUCGGAUAUCAGCCUCAGAUCCUUUGACAAGAAGUUUCCCGAGAGUGGCCCAAACGGCUCACGGGAAUAUGUCAGAACGCCAAGUCCACAGCAUCUGAAUGCUAAGAAACUAGAGGAAAUGUAUAACCAGAUGGCAAGGACACAGUCCUUCUCAGAUCUCAACAUAGUCGACAGCACACAACCUGCAGCUGUGUCAAACCACAAGGUAGAGUUGGAGAUGAAGGAAGUCCCGACGGACACCCAACGGCAACCCAAGGAAAGACCAGUAACGGAUGUCAGGAGCAUAUCCAGCGUUGACAGCUUUGCAAGUUGCACCGCUGAAUUUGGACAGGGUGAGAAGGCAUCCAACACCCAUUCUUAUACAGCAGAGCAGGUUCAGCAAAGGCAACUGAAAGUACCUCCGCACCUUCAUUUCGGCCAGCUGACACCCUUUGACAUGAGUCCGGAGGAGAACACUGAGACUCUCAACCAAGACAAUGACAAGCGACCAGAUGGUGAGAACUUCAGCGAGGUCAUAGAAAACAUCAGAAGCUCCAUUCGAGGCACAAAUCCAGUGAAGACAAAGGACCUCAAAGUCAACUUCAUAGAAACACCAGAGGAUGCUCCUCUAACACCGCCCAACACAUCUUCUCCACAGGAUAUCAACAACAGUCUUCUGGAAGAUGACUCCCCGGAGGGAGAAUGCUCUCCACUCUGUUCGGAUUCUGAAAUACUGGGAAGUAUCCCAUUGAAAGGCUUGGUUCUUUCUCCAAAGAUACUAGCUGGUGGAUACCAUCCUGGGGAGACAGCGCUGCUUCUGGGAAACCUGGAGGAACAGGAUUACCACGAGGGACAGAACUCAAUGGAAGUGGCUUCCGCAGCCAUCUCCUCAUCCAAACUAGCAGCACAGAACUGCACUCAAGUGGUAGUUGGUGGUAAUGGAGAGGAAAAGCCAGACUCUAACCAAAGUGAACACAAAGUAGAGAACCACAUGUUUACGCCAGAGAUCCAUCUAAUGCCGGGGGAUGGCAAUCACUCGCCAUCUUGCGAAACCGGUAUGUGACUGUGACUUGACAUUCAUACAGAGUGGAGCGCACUGGUGGAGAAAAGGGCACGCAGAUGUGGUCUGAAAGUUAAUUUUGCAUGGCAUGAAAAGUCCCUUGUAAUUGUGUCAUUGUCAAUAAUGCAAAUGAGACUGCAGUUUCUUGCAGAUGAGGCCUGGAGGAUGCGGGUGCAAACGAGAGACUUGUUUAGAAUGUAUUUACCAACAAUGAGGACACUGUAGACCUACUUGUACAUUUUACAUUUUCACUUGUUUUAUUAUUUUAUAGAGACAGUCAGAGCCAUAGAGGCCCAGAUCUACAAGAGCAUGCAUAUUAACAAAGCUGUUUUACGGUGCUUAGUUUGCUGAGAGCACUCCACGGUAAAUAUUAGAGACUACUGUACACCAAUGGCAAUGCACAUAGCCACAGAGGGCAUAGUAGAUGUCAAAAGGGUUUACGUUAGCCUUUUUUUCUGUUUUAAAGAGGGAAUUUUCAUCAAAGACUGUGAAAAGUGAGCUGCAAAGUAGCGACGUAUUGAAACAUAUCAUGACUCUCUGUAGAAAUGCAAUGUGUACCUAAUGCAGAUGUGUUUAUGUUAUGAUCUAGGAAUUGUCUAUAAUGUCACAUUUAUUUGAGGUUUUUAUUUUCUUAUAUUAUUAUUAUUAUUUUACUAUCUGGUUUGGUACUCAAAUUAGUAGCAUCAAAAUCUCAAAUUAAUGACCAGACUUUUUUUCUUAAUAUCAGAGAUACAUAAACACCUGUACAUAUUUGCCAAAUGAGAAUAGCAAUCAGACAAUAUACAAUAGCUGUAAAUUGUUUAUUGAAUGUUAUGCAUCGCUAGAUGCCUGGAUAAAAUGAAGAUGUUAACCUUCAAAAAAAAUAUUGUUUUAGGUUUAAACAUAUAUCAUACAAACACGUGGGUACAGCAGGUAUGUAUGUCUUAACUUAUCUUUACAUACUGAAAUGUUCAAUAGCACAUCAAACAGUCAAUUACAUAAAAAAAAAAAUAAUAAUAAGUCUAUAUAGUGGUGUUAGAUUAAUUUUACCAUCAAAUCAGUAGUUCUGGACAUUAAAAACUACAAAUGUUGUUCACAUAUUUCCCUUUUUAAACUCAAAACCCAUGUCCUAGUAAUGCUAUUGUCAAAAGGACCAAAACACAAACUACGGUUUCAUUUACACACACGCGCACACACACACAUCUUUUUUUUUUUUUUUUUUUUUUUUUGACAAGAGUACAGUAGUGUAAAGGCCACUACAGUUUGAAUUUUUCACAUGAGUUGUUUCAUUAUUAUUCAUAUUUCACCAUAUCUGUAUCAUUCAAAUGCCUGACCUUUGAGUCAUUUCUUAACAAACUCACCUCUGUCUGGUUUAACGGAGUAUUCAAGAAUACGUUGUUCUCUUCUGAGUUAUGUAUUAUCACCUGGCUGACAUGUUUUUCCUGUCACAUGAGAGAAUAAUCCAUUUUAUGUUGCCUUUAUUCCAAGAUUGCUGGAAAAAUAUAUGAAUAUUACUUGCUUUGGGGUGGCGGUUGGCUGAUUGUUCAAAAUGUACAUUGUGUUUGGAGAAAUCACACAAUCUGAAUGGGCCGAAUGAGGAUUGUGAAAAAGACGAGGAUGAGGAACUAUGGUGGAAAGUGCAAUACAGCAUACUGCAAUCUAUGCAGGCCAAGAAUUGUGGCACUUUAUUUACAGUCUAAUGGUUUGUAAGUGUACAGGCAAAGACUUCAAUCGUAUUUUUCAGAUGAUAUAUCUUUAAUAUUUGAAAUAUCAGUGUUACCACUUAAAAAAUAUAAUUUUAAAAAUACUUUGUGGCUGUCAGAAUCACUCCGGUUAUAUUCUUCAAAUAAGAUUCUUCUGACAAAUCAGACUAGGAGAGUCUUUUAUAAAUGUCUCCAAACAGGUUCGUUUGAAAUAUGAAACACAAACUCUUUAAAUGAUUUAAUGGGCUCAUAAAAAGUAUUUUUUGUUUUAUUAAUUAAUGCUGACAGUGGUUCUAUUUUUUCUAAACCAAAUUCUGCACGAACACAAUUUCCUGCCAUAUGGUGGUUGAAAUGACACGUGCCUGCUCAUAAACAUUUAUGAGAAGGCUAUAAAUCAGUUGGCUUUGUUCAUAUAGCACUGUACAGAAAAUUAUACUUUUUAUAGGGGUAAAAAUCAGGUCUUUAAGUAACAGAUAUGCGUAAUAUUAAGUUCUCAGGUUUUCUACGACACUAAUUUUCUGAUAUGGUAGAUGUCUAUGUUUUCUUCGUUUAAAGAACGCAUCAUCUUGUCUCAGUUGUUGUCGUUGUUUUUAAAAGAAUGUCGUCACAUGCCUGUUUCUGUUUUGACAGACUGUUGAAUAAUGGCCCAUCUCAUGCAUUCCCACAGGAUGGUCAGCUUCCCUUCUGUGCAUUAAAUGCCUCAUAUACAGUUGCCCCAAAAAAUAUUCGGACAAAAUUUUACAAAAUAUCAAACUAAGUUGAAUGUGUUUUAAAGAUAUAUAGCACAAGCACUCUUUAAAGAAUACAAAAUGUAAAAGUCAAAUUAAGACAGAUGGUUUUGGACACUUUCUGGUUGUCAAAUAUCAAUGUACAGUAUAAACUGGUAGGAAAAAGUAUUAAAAAAUGACUCAAAAAUAAAGAAAGUACAGUUAGUUUAAAAAAAAAGGCAUCUUGCAAAUGCUACUUAUUGUGAUAUUUUGUAUCAAAUUUAAGUGUCCAAAUAUUACAUGCCGAUACUGUAUAUAAAUAUUGAGGGUUUAAGUCAUCAAUGAAUGAAGGUUUCUAACCAAUUUUGUGCAUGGCUUGCACUCCCUGUAGGCACCUCUAUUAUGGUAAUUGAAUGGAAUUUGUUUUUUAGAGUGAAAUAUUUAUUCAGCAUGUUAAAGCUGCUACAAUUUCCUCAAUACUGCAUGUACAGCAACAACUGUUUAAAAGGAAUAAUUCACCAAAAAAUGAAAAUUCUGUUAUCAUCUAUUCACCUCUAUACCUGUAUGACUUACUUUCUUCUGUGGAACAUAGUUGAUAUUUUUCUAUACCAUGAAAGUCAAUGGAGUUCAGUGUUGUUUUGGGCCACACUAAUAUUAUUCAAAUUAUAUAAACAAAAAUAAAAUAUGAUGGUGAGGAACUGAUGACAGACUUUUCAGUUUUAAGUGAACUAUGCCUUUAAGUCAUGCCAUAAAACACAAGCAAAACAAAACGCUCAUAUGAAAUGUCUCAUGUCUUAUAAGUGCUUGCAUAUGCUCAAAAAUACAAUUUUAGAGCCCUGACCAUUUGAACAGCUCAUAAGAUAAAAGUUACUUAUAGCUGGUUGCUGAAAUAUAUAUAUUUUUUAAUCUUGUCAUUGGCAGACUCUCAUGUGCAUUGUGGCAUUUCAAAAUGACAAUUUCAAAUAUUGCACAAAUUAAAAGAUUCUCACCAUUUAGCACCUGUUGAAUAAAGGCUAAUGAGUGGGGCUCAAAGUCAGUACUGUUAAACUCUUGUUUUCUUCGUCACUCACACCAGGCUUGCACUCACAACUGCUUUUUUAUUUGUAGCACAUCAUCAUAUGAGUACAGAAACAUCUCCCAUCAGUCUUUAUGGGAGCAGUAGAUGCAAAGGGAUUUGUAUCUGUGUGACUUUGCUCAUUUUUAAUUGGAAAAAUGAACUCUAACAUCUGAUGGACCGUGAACAACCAAGUUUUCAUCACAUGAUCAUUUGUGAUAUAUAUCGUCAUGGCAAGUGUGUGGUUUUCUUUUUUUUUUUUUUUGGAAAGCGUGGUUGAAUAUGAAUGUGUUCAUAGCCUGUUUUCCCAUGCACCCUUGCUACAUUGUAUAUCUUCCUCUCUUGUCUUCUGCCUCUUUUCUGUUUUUGUUUGUUUAAACGAUGUUAUCUUGUAUCUCAAUGUCCUUAGACACAUUUAAGCUGCAGACUGUUUCUGCACAUAUCAGCAUCUUUGAAUGCAUGUAGUAAUCUGUACAAUUAUGUGAUCACAGAACACUUUGACAUGGUACAUGUAUGUCAACAUUUCUGUAAAAUAAACCACAUUGUCUAUGUUAAGUCUACUAGCAUAUGCAGGAUAAUAAAUAAAUGUGUAAAUAACUCA